UUUGUGCAGUUAUUGCCAACGCAGCAGCCGCCCUGCUACAUAGAGCAGCUGUCACUCUUGUCCCCACACACUGGACGCUGGUCAUCGCUGUCAACAACCAUGGGGAAGAUCACCUUCUUCGAGGACCGGGCCUUCCAGGGUCGCCGCUAUGAGUGCACCAGCGACCAGCCCAACCUGCAGCCCCACCUGAGCCGCUGCAACUCCAUCCGCGUGGACAGCGGCUGCUGGAUGCUCUACGAGCGUGCCCACUACCAGGGCCUCCAGUACCUGGUGCGGCGCGGCGACUACCCCGACUACCUGCACUGGAUGGGCCAAGGCGACUCCGUGGGCUCCUGCUGUCUCAUCCCUCAGACCCGCUCCCACAGGCUGCGCCUGUACGAGAGAGAAGACCACAAGGGCCCCGUGAUGGAGCUGAGCGAGGACUGCUCCAGCAUCCAGGACCGCUUCCGCCUGAGUGAGGUCCGCUCGCUCCACGUGCUGGAGGGCUGCUGGGUCCUCUACGAGAUGCCCAAUUACCGGGGCCGGCAGUACCUGCUGAGGCCCGGGGAGUACAGGCACUACCACGACUGGGGGGCCGUGGACGCCAAGGCAGGCUCUUUGCGGAGGGUGGUGGAUCUAUACUGA